AUGAAGAAGAACGUCCCAAUUCUUAUUACUCAACUUUACCUUUCCUUGUUUCCCCACAUUAUCACUGGCCUACUCGUGGUGGCUAGAGAUUCGCCACCUAUCUACACUCCGGUGGAAGAUAUCACGGUUAAAUGUGGCUAUUCCGGCAACUUAUUAAAUGAAUAUGAUGAACGAUAUUGGCACGGAGAUAUCAACUCAAACUUUUCCCCUAUAACUGGCAGCGACACAUCCAUGUUCAGAGAAGCACCUCAUUCAUACACCGUCCACCAAGUGUCUUACACCACAGCGCGCCUUUCGCGCUCUGAAUUUACUUACAGUUUUAAACUCACUUCAGGCCAAAAGUUCAUCCGCUUGUAUUUCAACCCAGUUUCAUAUGGUCCUGACUUUGACCGAUCCAAAGCCCUCUUCUCAGUCAAAGCCAGUGGCUUUACCCUUCUCCACGACUUCAACACUUCAGUCACUGCCGAUGCGUACGGAACAGAGACGAUAUACAGAGAGUUCUGUCUCAACAUGGAGUCAUCAGAACAGAGCUUGAACAUCACCUUCACUCCGAGUCCGAGCCUAGCUAGCCCAGAUGCGUAUGCGUUUAUCAACGGCAUUGAAAUUGUAUCCAUGCCCACCAAUCUUUACUUCACUGCAGCCCAAGGCCAUGGGGUAGGAGACAACAUCAAUUUUCGCAUAAAAAACAACUCUGCUCUGGAGACGGUGUACCGAAUAAACGUCGGUGGAAAGUCAUUAUUUUUCAGUGAAGACACCGGCAUGUAUCGCAAUUGGGAAGGCGAGCAAGAAGAGCCCAAGUACUUAGACCAUUUAAGCGUUGAGUUCAGUGUUUUACCACAAAACACUAGUAUUGAACUCAACUUUGAAAGAAUAACAGAGUACUCUGCUCCAAAAGAAGUUUACUAAACGGGCCGGUCUAUGGGCAUGAACAAGACCAUAAACAAGAGCUAUAAUCUCACUUGGAAUUUUCCAGUUGAUCCCAAGUUUUAUUACCUAGUCAGGCUUCAUUUCUGCGAGUUUGAAUCUGACAUUGUCAAUUCCAGAGACCGAAAUUUUCUAAUCUACAUAGCCAACGAUCUCGCUGAAGGAGGAGCAGAUAUCAUCAAGUGGAGUCGUGGAAAUGGGAGACCAGUGUACCGUGACUACUUUGUGUUCGUGACAUGCCCUGUAGCUUCAGAAAGCCAGAAGAAAGUAAAUCUCUCUAUUGCACUGCAAGCAAACCCUUACGAUUUUAUGACGAAAUUCACCGAUGCAAUAUUCAAUGGGCUCGAAAUAUUCAAAUUAAAUGACACAAGUAGCAAUCUUGCCGGACACAACCCAAGCACAUCUCUUAUGUCAACCCCAAAAAAGGUGUUGCCGCCAAGCCCAAAAACAACCAACACCGAGUCAACGAGGACUCCUAUGCUUGCCAUUAUCGCCGGUGUAGUUUCCACAGUCACAAUUGUAAUGUUUCUUGGGUUAAUCUUGGUUUUCAGGCGACAACAGAAACUCAAAGACUCUCGGCCCUCCAGCAAUGAAACAACUAACUCAUCCUUACCGUCUGUUUUGUGUCACUACUUUUCCCUGGCGGAGAUCAAAGCCGCCACCCAAAACUUCAGCGAUAUUUGUAUUAUCCGUCGUGGUGGGUUCGGUAAUGUGUAUAAAGGGCACAUUGUUGGUGGGGCCACUCCCGUCGCAAUCAAACGGCUGAAACCCAUGUCAUCACAGGGGGCCCACGAAUUCAAGACGGAGAUCGAGAUGCUCUCCCAAUUACGCCUCCGUCAUUUGGUAUCGCUAAUUGGAUAUUGUGCGGAUGAAGGUGAGAUGAUCUUAGUGUAUGACUUCAUGGAUCAUGGGACUCUCAGCGACCAUCUCUACCAGAAAGAUAACCCAUCUCUUCCCUGGGAGCAACGACUUAAGAUCUGUAUCGGGGCAGCUCGUGGGCUACAAUACCUUCACAAGGGAGCAAUGUGCACCAUCAUUCACCGUGAUGUGAAGAGCACAAAUAUUUUGUUGGACGAGAAAUAGGUGGCCAAGGUUUCUGAUUUCAGGUUGUCAAAAAUUUGCGCCACCUCCAUGUCUAAUGCUUACAUAAGCACGGUGGUGAAGGGUAGUUUUGGGUAUCUAGACCCAGAAUACUAUCGUCGUCAGCAACUAAGUGUGAAGUCUGACGUGUACUCCUUCGGUGUAGUAUUGUGUGAGGUAUUGUGCGGAAGGCCAGCGGCUGUGCGUAUGGUAGAGAGGAGGCAGAUGAGCCUAGCUGAAUGGGCCAAGACUUGUCAUCGCAAUGGGACACUUAAUGAAAUCAUUGACCCAUGCUUGAAAGGCAAGGUUGCAGGCCUUUGCUUUAAUAAAUUCGUUGAGAUUGCAAUGAGUUGCAUGCAUGAUAAUGGGAUUGAACGGCCGUCGAUGGCUGACGUUGUGAGCGAGCUUGAAUUUGCUUUGAAGCUUCAACGGAACAAGGAAGGGUCUGGUAAAAGUGAGCAAAGUUGUGCGACCGAUGAAUCCAUUAAAUUGGUUUCUGAGACAAUCUUCUCUAAGAUCAACAAUCCGGAUGGGAGGGAUAUUGAGAGGUCAGAAAAUUAUGCACAAGAAGUUCUACUAGAACUUGCAAUGCUUAUGCUCUCAUUCCCUUUAUUUUUAUAUUUUGCAAGAGGGCCCCCUCUAACAUCAAUUCUUGGCUCUGCCACUGACAACAAGGAAGGAAAUUUGAACUCGGGUAUAGAGUGUAAAGUACAUAUGCUCUAUCCAACUUGGACAGCAGCUUCCUUUGUUUCUUUUACAAUCAUGAAGAAUCCAAGCAGCAAACACCUUCAUAAAUCAAUAACAAUGAAACCCUUUAUGACUCCUCUGUUCCUUCCCCUGUUUCUGCACAUCAUCACCGUGGACGGGGCCGGUGAUACUUCUCCUAUCUACAGUCCGGUGGAUGCUAUCACCCUUCAAUGUGGCUUUUUCGGCGACCAACUCCAUCCAGGCGACGACAGAACUUGGACUGGAGAUAUCAACUCAAAGUUUUCCCCCUUUGAAAACCAAGCAGCUGGCAGCCCCUCCAUAUCCAGACAAGCACCUUCUUCCUCCUCUGUACCUUACAGCACCGCGAGGCUUUCUCGCUCUGAAUUUACAUACAGAUUUCCCGUCACCACCGGCCAAAAGUUCAUCCGUUUGUAUUUCAACCCAGCUUCAUAUGGCCCUGACUUCGACCGAUCCAAAGCCCUCUUCUCAGUCAAAGCCGGUGGCUUCACCCUUCUCAAAGACUUCAACUCUUCAGUCACUGCCGAUGCUUCUGGGUUUGGUACGAUUUACAGAGAGUUCUGUCUCAACGUUGAGUCAGAACAGAGCUUGAACAUCACUUUCAUGCCAAGCAGAGAAACUGCAGAUGCGUAUGCGUUUAUCAAUGGAAUUGAAAUUGUGUCCAUGCCCAACAAUCUUUACUACACCUCUGCUCAAAAUUCAGAUGGAGUUAAUUAUAUAGGCAGCGGAAACACAUUUCGGAUCGAAAAUGACACUGCGCUGGAGAUGAUGUACCGAUUCAACGUCGGUGGAAGAUCACUGUUUUUCAAUCUGGACACUGGUAUGUACCGAAAGUGGUACGGCGAGCAAGAUGAGAACAAGUACUUAGACUAUUUAAGUUUAAAGUUUAGUGUUUUACCGCAAAACACUAGCAUUGAACUCAAGUUUACUGAAAUAGCAAAGUACUCUGCUCCAGAAGAACUUUACCAUACUGGCCGGUCAAUGGGCGAAAACAAGACCAUAAACAAGAGCUAUAAUCUCACCUGGGAGUUCCCUGUCGAUCCCAAGUUUUUUUACCUGCUUAGGCUUCAUUUUUGUGAGUUUGAAUCUGGUAUUACCAAGCCCAGAGACCGACAGUUUCAGAUCUCCAUCGCCAAUCAAACAGCUGAAAAAGCCUGGGACAUAAUCGCGUGGAGUCGUGGAAAUGGAAGACCAAUUUACAAGGACUACGUUGUGUUCAUGCCUGCAGGCCCUGGAAGCCAGAAGAAAGUUACUCUCUUUCUCGCACUGCAAGCAAACCCAAAAGAUUCUGAAACCAACUUCAACGAUGCAAUCUUGAAUGGGCUCGAGAUCUUCAAACUCAGUGACACAAAUCGGAAUCUUGCCGGACCCAAUCCCGACCUACCUUCUCUAACCCCGCCAAAGAUGUCUCCGCCGCAAAGCCCUAAAAUUUCGAAGAAGAGUUCGACUUCUCUGAUUGCCAUCGUCGCCGGUGUAGUUUCCGGCUUACUUGUUUUAGUCUCCAUUCUCGGAAUUUUCUUGGCUGUCAGGCGAGGAGGAAAAGUCAAGGACUCAAGCUCCAGCCACGGAACAAAGUGGGGUCCAUUUUCUUUUUCGACGAACAAGUCAACCAAGACUCGUAGCUCGUCUCUACCGUCGGAUCUGUGCCGUUACUUCUCACUGACUGAGAUCAAAACCGCCACUCAAAACUUCAAUAGUGUUUUCAUUAUUGGCGUUGGUGGGUUCGGCCACGUGUACAAAGGGAACAUCAACGUUGACGGUGGCGCCACCUGCGUUGCGAUCAAACGGCUGAAACCAGAGUCAUCGCAAGGGGCCCUUGAGUUCAAGACGGAGAUCGAGAUGCUUUCGCAGCUCCGCCACAACCAUUUGGUGCCGCUCAUCGGGUAUUGUACGGAUGAAGGCGAGAUGAUCUUGGUGUAUGACUACAUGUCACGUGGGACCCUCCGCGACCAUCUCUAUCACACUGAUAAUCCACCUCUUGCAUGGGAUCAAAGGCUUCAGAUUUGUAUUGGCGCGGCACGUGGGCUGCACUAUCUUCACACUGGCGCGAAGUACACGAUCAUUCACCGUGACGUGAAGAGCACGAACAUCUUAUUGGACGAGAAAUGGGUGGCUAAGGUUUCAGAUUUCGGGCUUUCGAAAAUGGGCUCCACCACCGUGUCCAAAACCCAUAUCAGCACGGUGGUGAAGGGUAGUUUCGGGUAUUUGGACCCAGAAUACUACCGUCGUCAACAGCUGACGGAGAAGUCUGAUGUGUACUCAUUUGGGGUAGUGUUGUGUGAGGUAUUGUGUGCGAGGCCGGCUUUAAUCCGUACGGUGGAGAAGAAGCAAAUGAGCUUGGCUGAGUGGACCAAAAUCUGUCAUCGGAAUGGGAAAAUUGAUCAGAUCAUUGAUCCGAGCUUGAGGGGUAAGAUUGGAAAUGCAUGUUUGAAUAAGUACGUUGAGAUCGCGGUGAGUUGCCUCCAAGAUAAUGGGAUUGAACGGCCGUCAAUGAACGACGUGGUGUGGGGGCUUGAGUUUGCAUUGCAGCUUCAACAGAGCGGAGGAGGAGUUUUGAAUUUCAGCGAGGUGAAGAAGGGUGAAGAUGAGGAGUCAUUAAUGAAUGCUGCAAGUGAUGCAGGGUUUAGUUGUAGCUGGGAAAACUCGUCAUCGGAGUCGAAGGUUAGUAGGGUGACCAAGAGUAGUAGUGAUCACAAUUCUUCAACCAACGAGUCCAUGAAAGGAAUGUCUGGGACAGUCUUCUCUGAGAUUAACGAUCCCAAUGGAAGAUGAUUGCUCAACAAUUUUUUAAUGGAAUUCAUGUAUAUGUAUGAUAGUAUAUAUAUGCUACAAUUUGCAACUCAAUUUGUAACUUUGUUGUUUCUUAAAUUCCGUGAACUUAAA